GUUCAGUUGUAGCCGGCUUGCAGAUAUCCAGGGCUAUGAUGUUGGCUUGUAACUCCACACGCUAGAUAUUUGCAGAAAUUUCUGUUAGAGAACUGAUUGCUUUAACCUUGCAUGGCUAUGCGGAGAAAUAUUUCUCGUUUACGAUUAUAAAUAGAUAGUCGUGUCGAGGCUAAGGUGGGUUGGUCGAUGCUUCGAGGAUAGUUCGAGGAUAGUAAUCGAAAUCCAUAAUACUUGAUUGACUGUUAUACGUCGAGAAUACGAGCCCCAACGAUGAGGUGCUUAGUAAAUACCAAAUACCCCUCAUUCAAGAUAAAAGCUAGGUUUGAGUAUCACUGGUAGCUGCCUACUUGGUCCUCACUGUCAAAACAAACGUCUUAAAAUUAUCUCCAUCUAUCAUCCUAAACACUUACGCUCACCUCUCGAGGCCUAUCUUCGUAAUGGCGGCUUCUGAUGACUAUACGCCUUUAUUCCCAAUCGAUCAUCCGGUUGAUGGAAAAGUCAAGAACUUCAUAUCGCAGUUCUACGCCAUAUCUGACGACAGGUCAAGGAAUGAGGAUUGGGUGAAGUCCUUCCUCCCCGAUGCCACCAUUAUCAUAGGGGAUAAGAUGGCGGUAGGAACUGAGAAUAUUCGUCAUUUGCGCAAGGGAAUGUGGGAAGGAGUGCAGGCGCGAAAGCAUAGACCUUUGGCGGUGUAUCCAGCCGUCUUCUAUCCAGAGACGGCUUACGACGAAGGCGAAAAACCGGCCAUUCAGUAUAUGAUCGAAGGAACGUUGAUUUCGACCGGGGAGAAGCUCGAGACCCGGGAGAUAACGUGGGCGGCGCGCGCGAUCCUAAAAGAGGAACAGGGAGAGCUGAAGUAUAAGCUCUAUCAAGUCUAUCUGCAUAAGAAACCCAGUACCCACGACGGAUAGCUCGGUGAUUUCUCUCGUUUGCGCACACUCGUUUGCAACUUGGCUUGGGCCAUUUCUUCUGAUUGCUGCUCUUAAGAUCCUGUAUUAUA